UGGAUGUUUUUUGCUUCUCUUUUUCAUCUUGAUGAAGUUACCUUUGGAUUUGGAGACAUUCUUUCUGACACUUUGUCAAACAGACGACCAAUCGAUUAUUCGAGAGAAUGAUCUGCGGGAGAUCUCGACUGAUGCUUGAUCUUUGGGGACGAUGUGGAUACUGAUACAAGGAUGUAAAAAUUAUAAAUAUAGAAGAAAACAUACGUGCAUUUUUUGCAUUGAUCAAUCAAAUGUGGUUAUAAAACCCUUGUUUGGUUAACAGAGUAAGAAUGUUUUACACUUAGUCAACAAACACUGAAAUGACACUAGUGCUUUAAAGCAGUACACUUACAAGGACUUAUUCAUUAGAAAUGAACCUUUUCAUCCCUUUUGACCUUUUGAUCUCUAAAGACGAUGCAUUUUGGCGCAUAUCGCAUAACUUGUACGUAGAUACAAAGAUGUCUGUCAGUUGUUGUAUUGGUCGAGCUCUAAUCGACAAAUCAGUCAAUGAAACGCUUGUCACAGAGAUGGAAUUGCAAUUAACUUUAAUGACAUUUGAUUAAUUGUUUCAGUCGUUUUUUGUGCAAAAGUACCAACUAUUCACUAUUUUCACAUUCCUAAAGAUAGGGAUUUUCUGGUUUUUCAUUGUCUUGAAUAUUAGUCUAUUGAUGAAUAUAUUGAUGUCUGUUUUAUUAUCUGUUUCUUUAAAGUGAUUAUCUUUAGGUUUUGGACAGUUGGUUGGACAAAACGAGCAAUUUGAUGUCAACAUGUGCUCACGACUCACCAGUUCAGAAAUUAUCGACAAACUGAGACUUUUUAUAAUAUAAUAGAUCUGUUUUUACUCUUUGAAAUAAGUCUUAAAAGCCCCAAGACCACAUCAUCAGAUGGUUUUCCUGAUGAAAAAUAAAGAUAUUCAGUUUGCAGUCAUGUUAAAGCAAAUCCUCAAAACUAAGAAGCUGCAAUCAGAGAGUGUUCUGCAUCUCUGCUUUUAAAAUGUAUACAAAUGUUUAAUCCAUUAUGCAGAUCACUUUUCUGUCAUUAAGCAACAUAUCACUGCAGCUCAGAGGCUCACUGCAGGCUGCAAACUCAGAUUUGUCACUGCCUCGUCAUAGUGUGAUCUCCAUUAAGGUUUUUUCCGUUCAGUGCUUUCUUGCGUGUGCGUUUUCUAAAUGAUUGCUGCAGCCACUCAGGUUUCACAAGGAAAAGUUGUAGCAGCAUCAGACACACCUACAACCUGCGCAACCCCAUUGAGAAAUACCUCACAGAGGGCAGAUGGAAAGGCGGCGUUGCAGGAGAGUGGAUGGAGGUUUUGGAUGGGAGAUUGAGUUGUGAAUAUCUGUGCUACUUUUAGUCGCUGGACACCACUCUCAUGUUUCCCUGCAUUUGCCAGAGCCCUGUCUGUGUUCCGAUGAACGCGGUGCCAAGGCUUAUGUAUGAGCAGUUCCCACGCUUGCUCUCGGAAAAUAGUCCUGUGCGAGUCUGAGUUAUCCUUUCAGUGAUACGUUAGGCACCGAUCGUGCAAAAAGAACAACUAUUUGAAGUGGUUUAAUUAAGCUCAUGAUCCCAAAUCCUUCAGAGAUGAUUGUGUCCAGAAGAAGCAAUUGUUCUUUCAUUUUCUUUGCUCACAUCUCCAGCUGCUGAUACUCAGGUCUUCUCCUCUUUAAGCCCUCGAGGCCGCUCCUCCAGGCUUUGAUGCCCACACUCUUUGACGCAGGUGGACAGACACAGGCAUGAGUAACAGUGGGACCAAAGAGCCGUCGUCGCCCCAGCCGAGCACCGCCCAGUCGCCUCCUGAGCCUCAGCGCAGGGGCAGGGGUCGGCCACGGAAACAGCAGCAGGAGCCUGUUGGACCACCAACUCCAAAGCGACCGAGAGGACGACCGAAAGGCAGCAAGAACAAAGGCCCCAGACCUGCACUGAAGAAAGUAGAGCCCCUUGGGGAGAGACGACCUCGUGGGCGACCAAGGAAAUGGCCCCAGAAAGUGGUGCAAGAAGUGACUGAGGAGCAGCAGGGCCCUUCUGAAGAAGCUGAGGAGGGUCCCUCGCAGCUUGAGCCCUCUACAUCUCAGGUCCCGGAGCAGGAGGAAGGGGAGUAGAUCAGAUACCUCUCUACCUACCUCAAGGUUUGGCCUCAAGCAAACAGGGGUUCAGUCUUGACUCCUGUCUGUGAUGGGGGUUCAGGAGCACACACACAACACAAACAAAAAAAUCAUUGCAAACAGGGGAUUCUUCUCCCGAUCCGAUACUGUACUCUGGUUUUGUUGGUUCACUCGUACUAGUUUGAAAGAAUUUGAACUUAGGAUAUGGUUUCAGUUUUUUUAUAUAUAUAUAUUAAGGGAAUAGUUUUACAUUUUGGGAAACAUGCUUGUUCACUUUCCAGCCAAAGGUUAGGCAAGAUGACUGAUACCACGUGCAUGUCUGUACAUUAGUACAAAUACCCGUAACAAGAAGAAAAAAGUCAGUCUGGCUUUGUCUUUAGGCAACAAAAUCCACUUAUCAAACAAAUCCACUUGCCUCUAAAGUUCACUGAUUAACACGUUAUAUUUUGUUAGUUUGAUCCGUAAACAAACCAAAGUGUAUAAUUGAUGUUUUUUGUUUUCACAGGCGUCAUGCGCAAGUUUUAAAGGUACCUGACAGCUCAGAUGGAUUUUGAGAGGCUAUGCAGCCGUGUCUGGAUGUUAACCCUAAAUCCACAAAACUCUCACACAUGUUCAGUGCAGUAGUGCUUGACUCUGAUGGAGCGAACCAUAUCAGAUAUACCUCACAUGGGAGAAGUCUGCAUUCAGGGCUUUCUGCCAGAAAGCUGUUUGGGGUACCAAACGGCAAUGUUGGCUCAUUAUUUUCACCCAAACCACGAUCUUAAUCAAGUGGUUGUUUUGCCUAAAUCGAACCAAACAGCCUCCAAAAAACGUAUUUUAAAUCUUACUUAAAGUAGUCGAAAGUUUACAGUAACAUUUAGUUUCACACGGGACAGGAACUACAAUUUACUGGGUCAAAGUCCCGUAUUUGAUCCAUUUCCUAAGUGCACUUGGUCGUUCUUUAUACCACAUCACCUCACGAGGGUAAGGGUUACCAUCCAGACACGACUGACACGAACUGUUGCCAGUCUUUGCGCUAAACCAAGCUGACAAUUUUUCUCAAUCUUCCCAUUGAAUUCCAGGCGAGAAAGCCAAAAGGCAUAUUUCCCAAAAUGUCUGACUUAUCAACCUUUAAGGAUUCCUGCUUUCCUUAACCUCUCGGUGUGUGCGUCUGUGUGUGUGUGUGUGUGUGUGUGUGCCUGCAUGAAUGAGUGUGUGUGUGGAGAGAGGGCAGGGUUGAAGGCUAAAAAUGAGGCAGGGGGGAGGGGGGGUUCUAGAAAAAAGGAACCAAACCAAACUGUUUCAUUGAGACAUGUUUCUAAAUCAAGUGUCAUGAAUCCUCACGUGAGACGGGAGCAAGACGGUGACAGUUUUUUUUUAAUGAUGUUACAAAUAAACAUGGUGCUCUGAAGUCAUUUAUUAUGAAAGUAAAUGUGAAAGGUUUUUGUUCCAAAAUGAAAUAUCCAGUCCGGGAGAGGAGAGAUGUCUAACGUUCUUUACUCAGAAUCAAAAAAUGCAGAUGAUAACGCAAGCUCAAAUGACAAUGUACAACAUUCAGGUAAUUUUAUUUUUAUUUUUUUUAACUUUCAACCAGCAGCUGUUUUUUUUAAGAAGCGAAAACACCCAAAGGUUUAAUUGGAUGUCUCAUUUUGGAUAGAAAUCCUUCAUGUAUUCUUCAGUCGACAACAAUGUCGACAUGUCAUUUUACCACACUCAGGAUCUCACUAUUACAGUGCUUUUACACCAUAUUGAAACCUCAGGUACAAAAAACUAUUCAGGAACAUGUUGUCAGCCUACUCAGAAAUAAUUAUUGUGCUGUGUUUGUUGUGCAUUUCUGUAUUUGACAUUACCAGUAUGCCUUGACACAAAGACCUCAUUUAAACCUCAGUUGCCCUCAGUUUCUUAAUCUCUCAUUCUACCUCAGUAACAUGAAAGACAGACUAUCUCCGACAAAGUUCUUCUCCGCUCCCACGGCAGCAAUGACAUACGCACUUACUGUACACACACACACACACGCACACACACACACACACACGCACACACACACACACACACACACACACACACACACACACACAUAGGUUCAUGUGCAGACAUACAACACAGACAGGCAAAAGGAUUUUCAGGCCUACAUACCAACACACAGAAGCAAACAGUACACUCCAGCAGAGGAUUUUACUACCGGUGUACAAAUGAAAGCAUCAGUGUCAUUUCUUUAAAAAAAAGAAAAAAAAGAAAAAAAACAACUGUAGGCCUUUUUGUUAAAAGCUGAAGUGAGAAUUAUUUUUGUUCUCCUGGGAAAAAAUAAAAUGCAGCCAAUAGUUUACAACAACUUGAUGAAAUACUUGCUUUUUUUAGGGUGUAGUUCCUUAUGAUAAAUACUUGUUUUUGUUUUUGUUUUUGUUUUCUUUGGGUCGCUUACUCUUUUCUCAUUUUUACUACAUCAUGUAUUUUCUGAUUCUUACACUGUAAAAUUGUAUGUGUGACACUCUUAAUUCAUGUGAUUUUUAAAAAAGGAAGGGGCGGCAGAUAACCAUGCAGUGCUGAAAUACACGAAAGUUAUGGAAAACAACAACAAGUUAUUGUGUGUGAAAAUUGCCAAAUAAGUUGCUGGUAAUCGACUAAUGUAAUUUUGAACAAUUUUUGAUAAUCACAAAUUUACAAUAGAUACGACCAUGUAGGUGUAUGCAUUUUCACACAACCUCUCAGACGUGACUGGUUUGGUCACAUGCGUCAAUCAGUUCAGAAGUUUUGAGCUUUUAGUUAUUGGCCCCGCCCACUGCCACAUCCAUUUUUUGCCAACUGGCAUAAACACAAUCACACAACUUCACACGGAGACACUCGACUGCUAUGCUAAAUUCACUACCAGCUUAUUGGGGCAAAAACUGUGGCUGACCUAUAGAGCUCAACGUUUUUUGUAACCGCUUUGUGUCUGGAAGUGAAUUUCCCGUUUGUUCACUCCAGUGACGUUUCAGAAAAUCUGAACUAUAAAGAGUUUUUGAGCUUUGAAGCAAGCCAACCAAAUGAAAGAUGAAUCCUGACCAUGAAUUAUUUGGAGCACUUAAAAAAAUCGAAAAACAGAAAAAAAAGGCAAAGACUGUGUAAAUAAUUAUUUAAAGAGCGAAGGACUAAUCAUCCCAUAAACUAUUGCCAACGAUUUCUUUUCAAGAACUUUCAACUCUGGAACUGGAAACCCAUGUCAGCUAGCCAGCGACAUGACUUUAGCUGGUCUGGUAUCAGCAAUGUUACCAACAUUUCCAUGGUAACAGCAACCUCAACAAGUCAAAGACGUCGAUGUUACACUAUUGGAAUGUGGGUGGUGAAGUUAUACUGCAUCACAUCGGGAAUAAAAGAUGUUUUCCUUGAAACAAGGUUUUGAUGACAUCGAGAGCUACUGUCGCUAAACACAUGAGGAAGAAGAAGAACGAGCUAAAAGUCUAGUUGGCCACAGCUGACGUGCUGACGUUAGCUCAUGACAGCUCUCACAAAUAAAAGUUAGCUUCAUCCCUGCUGACCAGUGUGCUCCUUUCUCCAGGUUUUGCAGAUCGACAAAACAAAAUGUGGCAUUAAGUCCAGUUAUACUUGUGUGCUUCUCAAUCAGAAGCUUUCCGUCCAAUACAUGUCAGGCAUCGACGUCGCAGGACGAGUCAAUUGAGCGCCAGGUUAAAUGGAUAACACCUCUUGUACUUACUCCAAAACUGACAUCCUUAGAACAUUAUGGCUAGUAAUCAACAUGAUUCAGGCUAUGAACUGGAUAUUUUCACUUCCAGAACCUCACUGUUAAGCUCUGAAUAGCUGCCGAUCACAGCUAAAAAUCAUCCAAGUUGCACCUUCAUUUCCAAUUUGGCUGUUAAAAGUGAGUAUACAAAUGCGGCCAGGGUUGCCACAAUGUGAGAAUAAUGUGAAAAAAAAUGCUACAAACAUAGUGCCACAGAAGCACGGAUCAAAAGGAGUUAUCUGACUGAGUAACAUUUUUUAUUAUGUAAUUAACAUCUAUGUAGCUAAUGUUAGCUAACACAAGUUACUGGUCACUGAUUGUCUUUUAAUGCAACUUUUCAGUAUUGGGUCUACUUUCAAAAGUUUAAAGGCUGAGUGCACACAAAUUAGAAAUUAACACAUUUUCUUACUUACCUCUCCAGCCAUGCAGGUAGUUUUGGUUUUAUUAGGUCAGGUUUUAAAAAUACCUCAAAUCAACUGAAAAGAAAGGAAUUUUGUUUGCGGUCACACUAUUGUGCUCAUGGUGUUGAGAAAAGAAACAAAACUAUCUGCAUGACAGGGUAACAUUUGGGGUUAAGUGUAAUACUGUUUGUAUUUUGGGAGGACCCACAUUAUAGGGUGAAUUAAAAAGUAUUUUAUCUGUAAUGAAUCAGUUAUAACAUUGUUAAACUUACUAGUUAUAUACCUGUAGAAUUAUAUUGAUAUCUCUUUCUUUUUUAUUCUAUUGAUUUCCAAGUUUUUUAAAAUCAAAGAUAGAGGUUUCCUUUAAAAAAUGAAUUUGAGACCUUUUUAGUUAAGAUUUCUACACUUAAACUGAGAUUCUGCCCCUGUGACAUGCUAAUAAACCUUUUAUCUAACAUCAACUACAUGUCAUUUAUCGUUUAUUAGAUGACUUGAAUAUCAAGUAUCCUCAUCAUUUACUGUAAGUGUUUUUUUUUCCACCUUAAACUUUUAUUAUUUUAUCACUGAUGACAUGUUGUAUCCCAGUAAUUUCAUGUAUUUCAGCAUUGUUGACUAAAUCGCUGCCAGGCGAGCUUAAUUCAUUUACAGACAGGUGUGUUUUUCUUGUUCAACUGCAUUGACUUUACGUUUUUUUGCCCUCUGGACUACCUCUGAAAACUAACAAGCCUGGGACAUCUCUGAGGAAGUUUUUUUGUUAGUUAUACCUAACCUUUUCCAUCAGACAGAACUGCAGGCGAUCUGGAUCAUGAAACCUUGAAAAUAGCUGUCAAACUAGUACUGUUGUAGUCCACUCAUCUCAUCUCACUACAUUCAUGAAACUGUAAUGAAUGGAAGUCAGCCUGAAGGGUGCCUGUUAAUUGAACUACAGCUGAGUCAAUGUUUGUUAUUUUACAUGAGCUGUGUCUGGAUAUUUACUCUCUAUAUGGGGACAAUGUUGUUCUGUGAUCUUACUGAUAGUGAUAUAGUUACAUACAGUACUUGAUCCAUUUUCAACUAUUGAAAAGUUGAAGUGUAACUUGAGAAAUCAUCUUGUAUGCCUUACUUUUAACACCAUUUUGUAGUUAUGUUAUUGAUGUGUCCUCAUCCACUUCAUUAAUACAACUCACAAACCUGUGAUAUAUAUUUUGUUAUGAUUCUUUACCAUGUGAUUUGUGUUAUUCUGCUUCUUUAUCGCUUAUCAAUAAAAUAUCACACUUAUCAA